AUGGCACAAGGAUUUAUUGAAUCAUUACACAAGAACGAGGGCCUCGAAGAAGCUGGGGAUCGUUACGUCUCGGACCUACUUUGGAGGUCAUUCCUUGAGGUUGAAAAGCUCGAUGAUUCCACAAGUGAGGUGAAACUAUUCAAGAUGCAUGAUCUCAUGCACGAUCUUGCCUCAAAAGUUGCAGGAGAUGAGUGCAAGAUGAUUAAUCUCAAUAAGGAUGGCAUAGGUAGAGGAACUCGACAUGUAUCACUUGCUUCACGGUCAUCCUCGCUUGAAAAUACGACCACUCAACUUGAGGUGACCAAUCUACGGACAUUCCUCUCAAUGAAGUAUGAACUCCCAAAUGAAUGUGAGGGGAUUUUCACCAAGAUUAGGCGUUGUCGAACUUUGGCUUUGCCCAAUGCAGAUUUUUGUAUCCCUUCUUCCUUGGGGAGUCGGUUGAAGCACUUAAGAUUUCUCGAUGUUUCCGGAAACACGUCCAUUGAGAGCUUGCCCGAUUCAAUCACGGAUUUGCUGAACUUGCAGACCCUUAAACUCUCUGAUUGCGAUAAUCUUACAACACUUCCAAAAGAUUUGAAGAAACUGGUCAACCUUAGACACCUCUUAAUUGAUGGGUGUGACUCAUUGAUGCACAUGCCAUGCGGGUUGAAUAAUCUAUCCUCUCUUCAGACUUUAUCCAAAUUCGUGGUACAAAAGAUGGAUCAUAGAGUACCUGGAGGUGUGGGGAGAGUGGAUGAACUGGAUGGGUUAAAUAAAUUGGCGGGAUCCAUUAGUCUUCAAUACUUGGAGUUCCUUCAACCAGCACCGAACAAAGGUCACUUGGGGGAAAAAGAACGUCUCCGUUCGUUGGAGUUGAGGUGGUCGGCUCGGUGGCUGUGGGAGGAGCAAGAUGACAAAAGCGAGAGCGAUGAAUUGGUCGUGUGGGAGAACCUCAGGCCGCACCAAAAUCUGACACAUUUGGCCAUAGACCGUUGUCCGAGUAGGAGUCCACCAAGCUGGCUUUCCUCCAUCAGGUGUCUCGUUAAGCUCACACUCCUUCGUUGUAGAAGAUGGAAGUACUUGCCACCCUUGAGUGAGCUCCCUUCCCUAAGGGAGUUGGAACUCACUGGCUUGGAUGAGUUGGAGUUCGUUCAAGAGAUAAGGGACCCACAACAAUCCAAUACCGCGUGCCCCUUCUUUCCAUCUCUAGAGACACUGCGCCUCCGGUCUUGUGGCGAAUUGAAAGGGUGGUGGGGAAAGAGGCUACUGGUGGGAGAACAGAAUCAUGGGCGGUACGAUUCCCAAUCGUCAUUCCCAAAACUUUUGCACGUGGAAAUAGUGGGUUGUAACAACCUGAAUUCCUUGCCACUCUUGCCAUCAGUGAUAGACUUGGAAUUACGUCGACCAGACUUGAAGGUAUUGGAACAUCAAGUGGUGGCCGUUCCAAAUUAUUCUUCGGAAGCAGCACUAGUAUCCACCUCCAUCCCUCUCUCUAAAUUAAAGAAAAUAUAUUUUUAUUAUAUUUUGGGUUUGGAUCAGUCGAUGCUGGAGACUCUACUUCCAUUCCUCCGUAAUCUCGAGUCCAUGACAUUCUACGAUUGUUCCGCACUAAGGAGUCUCUCUAGUGGCAUGCAGUACCUGUCCUCGCUCCAGCACCUCUCUAUUUAUCGUUGUGAAGAGCUCGAUUUGUCGAGCCACGAUGAUGAGCGUGGUACCCAGUGGCGAUCCCUCGCGAACCUCCGUACUCUUAAAAUCGAGGAACUUCCGAAAUUGGUGGCGUUACCCGGGGGCAUUCAACAUGUCACCACUCUGCAAUCUCUUUCGAUUGCAAAGUGUCGGAAUCUGACAAGCUUGCCGGAAUGGAUAGGCGAUUUCCCUUUGCUCCAAGAUCUUGAAAUUAUUCACUGCCCAGGUAUAGAGUGUAUGCCUGAUGGGAUGCAGAACCUCACCUCCCUGAAGAGAUUAAAAAUUCGUGAUUGUCCAGUUCUGGAAGAGAGGUGCCAAAGAGAAGAUGGUGCCGACUGGGAAAAAAUCAAGGGCAUUGCACACUUAUUAUGCUGACUCAAAAUUGGUCAGACGACUAAAGGAAACCAAUCAGUCCCCAACCCUCCAGUCCAGUUGCAGGGGAAUACCAAUGUCGUCCGAUGAUAUUGGCCAUCAAAAUCCACAGAGAGUUUCACCGCUUUUUCCUUUUUCUUUCUUCUUUUGGCGGUGGAGAUUGGGCGAUUGAUCUGUACUUUUGUAAAAUAUAUUGUGAUCAAGACAAAAUGAUAAUCAAUGCAUAAAU